CUGAUUUCCGCUUGCGUCCGGUUUUUUUCCCCCUCGGGCCGGGGUAGUUGACGUGACGGGGGCGCGGGUUCCCGGGGACGUUCGGUGCUGCAGCACCACCUGUCAAUCACCGCUGGUUCCGCUCCAUUUGAUCUUGAUCGCAAUGGAUAUUGACAACGGCGAUACACACUGAGGUGCGAGGCUUGUUUCACCUGUGAUUGUCCAGAGAGGAGCGCACUGGCAAUCGUUAGACCACAUGCAUGGAUUUCAUUGCAAACUGAACGCGUAAAUAGUUCAGAUUGUUUUUGUUCAACUCAGAUUUGCAGAUGGGAACUCACAAAAAAACGCUUUGUCCCGAAGAGAUGAGAAGGGAAUGUGUUACCAGAAAACCUGAACUGCAGGCCCGCAACGAGUCACUCGGGUCCAGUGCUGAAAGUAAAGUACAAAUGAUUAAAGGUGGUCUCUUCCUUGGUUCUGUGGCUACAGCAGGAAUGCUAGCAGGUUUUGGCACAACGCUUGCAAUGGCAAAAAAGAAGAGUCCUGGAUGGUUUAAUAAGGGGAUGACUGCAACCAUUGCAGUUCCCGAGAGUGGUGCUUCACUUGCCCUGAGGGCCCUAGGCUGGGGCUCUCUUUAUGCCUGGUGCGGGGUUGGUUUGUUUAGCCUAACCAUCUGGAAGGCUGUAGGAGCACACAGUCUGACAGAAUUCAGAGAAAAGAUCCAAACAAUAUUCCCUGAAAUUCCAAAAAGCACAGACAUGAAGGUUGCAAAGCACUUCAGUUGGGAAAACCUGUUCAAGUCUAAGUGAAGGGAUGCUGAUUAAACUGAACAAUACAUGUGAUCCCACUGUCUGGCCAACUAAACAAAAAUAAAUAAUUGCACCUUUUAUAAAUUCUGGAACAUUAUUGUACUCCUUAAUGUAUUGACAUUUGAAAUGCUGUACAAAUAUUUAAGAAUAAA